AUGUCCAUCAACCCCAACCUCAAGUACACCACGGUGUCGUACAAGCCUGCGGGUGGCCCGUCGCCACUCGCCAGAGACCCUACCACUGCUAACUUGCAGCAACCAGGCGACACCUUUGACACCACCAGCAGCAUCUUGAGCGACUACGACGACUUAGUGGGCGCAGAUGCCGAAGACGACGACCAGUCGCUGUAUGUGUUGUUCAAGCCAACCAGGUCACCAGUGGCGCCAGCCGCCAACAACGUCAGCGACAUACUAUCGUUGACAAACACCACUGCUACGAACGCGUACGAUGAGGAUGACGAGGAAAGUGAGGAAGAAGAGGCAGUAGCUACUGCAGCGGUGUCGCCGCCCAGCACCAACUUGUCCAACAAGAUUAACCGCUGGUACAACACCAGCGUGGCGCUGGCAGAGAUGGUAGAUGACAACAUCGCCAGCUGGAACUUGGACGAGAACUUGAUGGAGCACAGCGGCGCCACCGUUCUGGGCGACCAAACGUCACCCACCAACCUCGUGGGACAGUUCUAUGGCGACGACUUGUUUGCAUACUUCGACCAGGCAGACUUGGACAAGUUCCGCAAGUUCCACCGCUUGGUGGACAUCAAAAACUACUUGCUUGCACGCGACCACCAGCCCUCGGGAUCCCCCUCACUCGUGCGGCACCUUCUCUUGAAGGUGCUCAUGAGUGCGAACCCGCCAGCCCCCGAACCCCAGGCCCGCCAGGUCCCUGAGUACCUCGAUUACUUGGACUACCGUCCCCAAGACGACAACACGUUUGUGCCGCCCUCCACGUUUUCCGAUACCACAAGCUCGUCGCUCGUGAUGUGUGGGGGCGCUGGCUUUGGUGGCUCUGCCUCCUGGAACGACAUAUAG